GGAGAGAGCCCUGAAAUCCACCGGGGGCCAAAUAUUUUUGGGUAACCAGCAGAUGACUUACCUCUCUCCUUUUUCCCCCUGGGAUGAAGGGGGGAAAAGUCCCCGACAGCUGGUUUGUGCUGAUUGUAAAGUCUCCGGGGCAAGGUUCUAACUUCUCUGCAGCCAGCCAUGGGGAUCCCUUGGCAGGGUCAGAUGAUUGGCUUCCUUUGGCUGCUUCUAUUCAGCCUAGCCCUGGUGCUCUCCAAAGUGUCAGAAAGCCGGGGGAUUCUGGAAAGCAUCCAAAAAUUCUCCUUACUGCCAACGUACCUGCCUGUGAGUUACCACAUCCACAAUGCAGACAUCUCGUUCUUCCUCAAAGAAGCCAACCAAGAUAUCAUGAGGAACUCUAGCCUUCAGUCCCGGGUGGAGUCCUUCCUAGUCUAUAAAGCGAGGAGGCCACCCAUCUUAAAUGCAACCUAUGGGCCUUUUUCAGUCGAGCAAGUGGUACCCCAGGACCUGCUGUCUUCAUCUAACCCCUUCAGAUCCACUGCCCCCAGGAUAUCUUUCAACUGGAAGCUGAAGGCAUACAUCCUAAACCGCAAGGUUUACCCAAGCAGGCCCAAAGUCCAGGUUCUCUUCUACAUCAUUGGGAGAGACUGGGAUGAUUACAGCAUUUCAGAGCAGUUGCCUUGCUUGAGAGUCUUUGCUUUCAGAGAGACGAGGGAGGUCCGCGCGAGCUGCAGGCUGGCGGGAAGCCUGGGAUUUUGCCUGGCCGAGUUGGACCUUCUCCCCAGCUGGUUUAACCCACCCACUGUGGUGGCUGGCCGAAAGAAAUUUCUGAAUCAGUCAGAAGGGAGUCAAGUGGAAUUAUACUACGCCAUUCAACCGGGGGACCAGAAAGGGGAUUGUAUGAAGGAGGACUUGAGAAAGAACAAUGGAAUCAGGCCUGCACGCAACGACGUUGAUGAAUCAGGGCCACCCUUGCAAAGGAUAGGAAGUGUUUUUCUUUAUCAGGCAUGGGGUAGCCCUCCCUCAAGUGAACUGUGGCUGGAUAGUAAUGUGGUCAUUCAGUAUAUACCAAAGACGCUGAAGCAAGGGGAAGUAUUGACCGUUGUGGUGUCCAUGGCUAAAAACUCAACCGAGGACCAGUUCACAUUGAGGGUAAAGGUGAAAAAAGGGGUGAAGAUUUUCAGCAUUAGAGCCACCAAUCCAUAUGCCUGGGAAGUCCAAAAGACUGUUGAUUAUAUUGGGAAGAACUCCCCAGCUGUUAUAUUUUGUCAGAGAAAAUCGACUUCAAUGGGGAAAAGGUAG